AUGGGUAUAUUCUUCCGCAACCGCGAGGAGGACCUGGCGGACCCCGAUUUGAGGGCGUCCCGAUAUUUUCUAUUUAAAAACAAACAAACAAAGGAAAACAAGCUUAAAAUUGCCGAGAAAAAGUACGGCUACACUUUAGGCGAACUGCAUGCGUAUAAACAUGUGAUGAUUCCGCCGCGAAUGCCCGAACCUAUGCAGCAGGCCAACCCGGAGAUGGCGUAUGCUUAUGACCAGAUUCAGAAACUCGUUGAGGUUGACGUGUACGAACAGAAGACGGAGAAUCACUUUGCGACGAGUCCUCAGACUAAGUUAGGUAGAAGCUCUCCCAAUUCUCCCAGCACCGAAGUCGUUUCCGCAACUCCUGCAGCUGCAAAGAGAGCCAUUUCCGAACAGGGCCAUGGGAACAGUCUCCCUGACGCUGUGGACGAGUCAUGCAUUAAGUGCCUCGGCUAUUACUUGGCACUGGACAGAUGCGUUCGAGCGGUGUCCAAGAAAGACGAAAGAAACAGGAUCUACAAGCAUACCCGUCUUCACGCAUGCAAACCACACUGGAUUUGGUUUAACAGAUGCGUUGCCUACCGGGACCAGCAGUUAAUGAGAGAAAUCCAUUCAUGGGAAAGGGAACACUUCGCAUCUUUGGGCACUAAGGAGAGGGAGGAAUAUGUGGAGAGGCUGCGGGGGACGAAAAGGUAUCUCGAAUACGCGGUGGCCCGUUCUCGUGAUGACGUGGAUGUUGUGAGGUAG